AACAAUGAAAAAACAGACAAAAUGCAUAAUUCACAUAUUGUGAUCAAUAAUGCGGGCGAAUUGGUUGCCGUUUAUCGAAAGCUACAUUUAUUCGAUGUGGAAACAUCAGAAUUUCGAUUUCAGGAAUCAAAAGUGAUUAGCAGUGGAAACAACCUUGUAUCUCCUCUAACGGAUACACCGCUUCAGGGUGGCCUUGGAUUGUUAAUAUGUUACGAUUUACGUUUUCCCGAAGCUAGUACGAUUUUACGUAAAAAUGGUGCCACUUACUUAACCUAUCCAUCGGCAUUUGCAUAUGCAACCGGUUUGGCUCAUUGGGAAUCUCUGUUACGAGCGCGUGCCAUUGAAAAUCAGUGUUAUGUAUUUGCGGCCACGCAAAUUGGUUACCACAAUGAAAAACGCAGAAGCUUUGGACAUGGAAUGAUUGUUGAUCCAUGGGGUAAAAUUUUGGCUGAAUGCGAUAAAGACGAUGCAUCUGUUCCACAAUGUAUAACAGCAAGCAUUUCAUUGGAUCUACUAAAUGAUACGCGUAAACGGAUGCCAUGUUUCAGUCAUCGUCGUGAUGAGGUCUAUACAUUGGCACCACAUUGCAUGAUUCCAGCUGAUAAAUCAGUGUGCACAAAAGAUUCUGAAUUUCUGACGGUUGAGAAUGAAAAAUCUCCAUAUUUUAUUUUCGAGAAAAAUCCGAUUCCAAAAUCAACCACAUUUCUUGAAACACCAUCGAGUAUUGCAUUUACAAAUAUCAGUUGCGUCGUAACUGGCCAUAUUUUGGUGGCGACACGACGUUGUGUUAGUCGGCUAAAGGAUUUAACGCCCGAAGAGAUUGUUGAUUUCUUCAUGGCCGUGUGUAAAUGUCAGCGAAUGCUUGAGGAAUAUUACAAAACAACAUCAUGCACGGUGACCGUGCAAGAUGGUGAAUUUGCUGGACAAACUGUUCGGCAUGUGCACUGUCAUGUUAUGCCUCGGAAAGAAGGUGACUUUAAACACAAUGACGAAAUCUAUAUUGAAUUGAAUAAACAUGACCAUCCUAAGGACGGCGAACGUCGUAGCUUCCGCUCAGUCGAGGAACGAACAGCAGAAGCAAAUGAAUACCGUAAAAUCUUAGCCAAGUCUAAAUUCUUCUAGGAAAAUGUCAUAUGGCUUUUGUACAAGUUGUAAUAUAAUUUUACAUCGUGAAAUUAUAUGUCCAUUUGUAUCACAUAUGUUUUUGCCAAUUCGUCAUUUCUGAGUGAAAGAUUUUACUGAAUAUUUUUUACAAGACGCGCACAGAAGUCUUUAAUGUCAGUCAAGUGCAUAAAUGAGAAAAUAAAAAAUCAUUCGGUAGUUUAAUCAAUAUACAAGAUGUAAUUAUUUGUGUACACAAUACAUAUAUUUUUACGAAUAUUAUUGAAAUACAUUGGAGGUUAUUGACGUGA